AUGUACAAUUGUUUGUUUGUUGACGUUUUAGAUAAAAGAUUUAUAAUACCACAUUUGAUAGACAUUGACAUUGGAAAAGAUGGAUUGAAAGUAGACACUGCAGUCGGUGGGGUUGGUGUAGGAAAGGAUGGCCUUAAUGUGGACACAGUAGUCGGUGGUGUGGGUGUAGGAAAGGAUGGCCUUAAUGUUGACACAGCAGUCGGAGGUGUAGGGAUUGGUAAGGACGGUGUCAAGGCCAAAUUGGACACUCCACUUGGUGGAUUUAAUGUUUCGGCUGGGAAAGGUGGCUUCAGUGCUGGUGGAAAAGUUGACGUUCCUGCCGUUGGUAGUCUAGGUGGUGCCUUGAAUGUUGACAAUAGUGGUAAAGUUAGUGGCGGUGGAGAGGCUUCUGUCAAUGUCUUAGGUGCUGGCGAAAUUGGAGGUCACAUGAACGUAGAUAAGAACGGCAAAGUAAGUGGCGGUGGUGAAGUUGGGAUAGAACUUGGUCCUCUUGCUCACGCUGGAGUUCAUGUUGAUGUGGAUAAAAAUGGUAAGGUUAGCACUGGAGUUGAUGCAAAUGCAAAUUUAGGUCCACUUGGCAGCGUGGGAGCUCAUGUCGAUAUUGACCAAAAUGGCAAAGUAUCUACUGGUGUGAAUGGACAGGCCAAUUUAGGCAAGCUUGGAAGUGUAAGUGGGCAUGUGAAUGUUGAUCAAAACGGGAAAGUAAGCGGUGGUGGGAGUGGACAGGCUCAAUUGGGCUCUCUUGGAAGUGUUGGUGGCAAUAUAAAUGUAGACAAAAAUGGACAAGUGUCAGGCGGUGUUCACGGAAAUGCAAAUCUUGGAAAUGCAAGUUUGAGCGGCAAUGUCAACAUUGCAAAUGGACAAGUUGGUGGAGGGGCCCAAGGUCAUGCAAAUCUCGGUAAUUUAGGAAGCGUCGGUGGCAAUAUAAACAUGGCAAAUGGUCAGGUUUCUGGUGGGGUACAAGGGCAGGCUAAUAUUGGAUCUCUUGGUAGUGUUACCGGAAGUUUGACAGGUGGUUCAGGUGGCCAAACUGGUGGUGUAAACCUUAAUCUCGGAAGUCAAAGCUCAGGGUCUCAAACUGGGUCUAGUUCUGGGUCCGGUUCAGGAUCAGCAAGUUCAGGUAGAGGUGGCUCUUCUGCUGAUAAACUCACACAGACAAUGAACGGAAUGUUUGGAAAUUUCAUAAGUGGAUCUAAUUUUGGUCUCAAUGCAAUGAUGGCGAACGGAGGAUUCGGUAAUAUGUUUGGCGGAAGUGGUGGCGGCAGUGGAAGUAGUAAGUAG